GAGUCUGCUGCUCCAUCCGCUCAGUGUUCAGUCGCGCGGAGAGGAGAGGAGGCGCAGCCAUGGCAACGACAGAAGCAGAAACCCGCCAGAAGCUGGUGAGGAACGUCAAGAAGGAGGUGAAGCAGAUUAUGGAGGAAGCGGUCACACGGAAGUUCGUUCACGAAGACAGCAGCCACAUCGUCUCCUUCUGCGCUGCGGUGGAGGCGUGUGUGCUGCAUGGAUUAAAGCGAAGGGCAGCCGGGUUUCUGCGCAGCAACAAGGUGGCAGCUCUCUUCACUAAAGUGGGGAAAAGUUUCCCCCCGGCUGAGGAGCUCUGCCGCAAAGCUCAGGAACUGGAGCAACUCCUUGAGAGCAAACGGAGUCAGACACUUUCGUGCGACAGCUCCCGCAAGUUGCCCAAGCUGCCCAGCCUCUCCCCGCAGUCCGUCCGACACCUGUGGAUCCGCACGGCUCUCAUCGAGAAAGUGCUUGACAAGAUCGUCCUGUACCUGGUGGAGAACAGCAGUAAGUUUUAUGAAAAAGAAGCUGUUCUGAUGGACCCGGUGGACGGCCCCAUCCUGGCCUCGCUGUUAGUCGGCCCAUGUGCAUUGGAGUACACUAAGAUGAAGACAGCUGACCAUUUCUGGACAGAUCCGUCUGCUGAUGAGCUGGUGCAGAGACACAGGAUCCACAGCGCACACUACAGACAGGACUCACCCACCAAGAGACCUGCCCUGUGUAUCCAGAAAAGACACUCCAGCAGCAGUAUGGACGAGCGUCCGACUCCGUCUCCCUCUGCCAGGGACUAUGUGGAGUCACUGCACCAGAACUCCAGAGCCACGCUGCUUUUUGGCAAGAACAACGUGCUCGUACAGCCGAGGGACGACAUGGAGGCCAUCCCAGGGUACCUCUCUCUGCACCAGACAGCUGAUGCCAUGACCUUGAAGUGGACGCCCAAUCAGCUGAUGAAUGGCUCCAUGGGAGACUUGGACUACGAGAAGAGUGUCUAUUGGGACUAUGCUAUGACCAUUCGCCUGGAAGAGAUUGUGUAUUUGCACUGUCAUCAGCAGGUGGACAGCGGCGGGACGGUGGUGCUGGUCAGUCAGGAUGGUAUCCAGAGGCCUCCGCUGCGUUUCCCGCGGGGCGGGCACCUCCUGCAGUUCCUCUCGUGCUUGGAGAACGGCCUGCUGCCUCACGGCCAGCUGGACCCUCCGCUGUGGUCCCAAAGAGGGAAGGGAAAAGUGUUUCCUAAGCUGAAGAAGAGAGGGCCUCAGGGAUCCAUGGACUCCGUCUCAGACAAGGAGGAGGACGAGGCCACCGAUUACGUCUUCCGCAUCGUCUUCCCCAACAGCCAGUCUGAGUUCGCCGCUCCAGAGUUGUUGGAGCAGGGGGCGAACAUGUGGCAGCCCAGGAAGUCCUCCUGCUCCUCCUGCUCUCAGGGCAGCUUCUCCGACGGAGCGCCCCCUAAUGGCUGCAGCCACGAGAGAGCCCCUCUGAAGCUCCUCUGUGACAACAUGAAGUAUCAGAUCAUCUCCAGAGCCUUCUAUGGAUGGCUGGCGUACUGCCGUCACCUGUCCACCGUGCGUAUCCACCUGUCCGCUCUGGUCAACCACACCAUCGUGGAGCCUGAUGUGCCGAGUGAUGCGUACGGAGGUCUCACCGCAGAAGUGUGGAACAGAUUCCUGCAGGACUGCCGCGCUUAUGAUGAGAAGGAGCUGCUGAGGCUGGUGUACUUUGGAGGUGUAGAUCCUUCUCUGCGUAAGGAAGUCUGGCCCUUCCUGCUGGGCCACUACCAGUUUGGGAUGUCUGAGAACGAGAGAAAGGAGGUGGACGAGCAGGUGCGGGCAUGCUAUGAGCAGACGAUGAGCGAGUGGUUAGGCUGUGAGGCCAUCGUCCGGCAGAGAGAGAAAGAGCAGCAUGCCGUCGCCCUGGCCAAGUGCUCAUCUGGGGCCAGCAUAGACAGCAGCAGUCAGAGGAUGCUCCACCGCGACUCAACCAUCAGCAACGAGUCUUCUCAGAGCUGUAGUUCAGACAGACAGAGAGAUGCUCGCCUACAGAGUGACUCCAGUAGCAGCACACAGUUUUUCACUUCCCUGAGCCCCUUCCCCUGGAGUAGUCGGCUUCCCUUUGGCCUCUUCUUCCAGGUGUUCGAGUCUGUCGAGGAUGUUGACCAGAUCGAGACUGAGCCCAAAAGUGAGGAAGCCAAAUGUGUCCAUAAAGUCUCUAAUGGGGCACCACACAAUGGCAGUGCUUCACCUGACUCAGGACACCCCUCUUCCAGAAACUUCUCAGUGGCCUCAGGACACUCAGAUUCGCUCAGCACAGAAGACAGCGGGGUGCAGGAGUUGAAUGCCAAAGCUUCCGGCCAAACGCAGCCAGCCCCAACUGCAAGCCAAACUGUAGCAUUAUGUACCAUUAAUAAUGGAAGCCAGGGGAGCCAAACUAAAGGAGUGAACGGGUCUGAAGUGGAUGAAGCAUUGCAGCAAGAUUCAGAUGAGAUGAAUACAGAGAAAACUGAUGGUUCCUUAAAGGACAAGGAGGGGAAGGUGUUAGGAUCUGCAGGAGUUGAAAAACUAGACAAUGGUGAAGCCUCUCAAAUGGAUGACGCUGGAUGUCUAGAUGAACAGUCAAGAGGCAGUACUGCAGGAACAGAAGUAGAAAGAGCAUCAAAAUCACAGAGUACUACAGAAGAGAGUGAGAGGUCCAGAGUUGUCAAGGCUUCAGAUGCCUUGGGGGACAACAUGCUGACAUCUUCGGUGGAGAAAGAUGAGGUAACAGAAGACUCAGAGACUGUCAUGAUGCCUCCAGAACCAACUCCUGGGUCCCAAAAGGAUGUCACAUCAAAGAAAAUGCUAGCAUCAGAAGCAGAAAUGGCUAGACUGCAUCAAAUGGGUGCAAGACCAAAAAUGGAAGAAGCUCGGCAAGUAGGGAAAGAAGUGCCCAGUGCCAGAGAGGUGCCAAAGGAGGAGGCCAGCCGCAAGAAAGCAGUGAUGCAGAGUCCCCCGGUGGUGGAGGAGACUGUGGUGCCAGUUGUGUUUGAAGCAUUUAGCACACGUAAAAUGAGUGAAACGCCAUCAGAUGAGUCACCCUCAGCCAUCGAGAUGGAGGAGAUCCCUUCAGCCAGGGUUUCUGUAGCCUGGGACAGACAGCCUCGCACCCAAGGCAAAGCUGCCACUAUUCCUGUGCUGGACCUCCGACCAGAUGGAGGAGGCUCUCAAGGCAGCCCUGAAGGCACUGAAUCUGUCCUGUCAGAUGAGCCUCAGAUGGAGAGUCUCUACCCACAGUUUGAUUCACUUGCUGUAACAGGAGACAAAACUGGAACCACAUCACCAGUCUCCUCCAUAGGGACCACUUACUCGCAGGAGCUGUUGGACAUGUACACUCUUAACCUCCACCGUAUUGAGAAGGACGUGCAAAGGUGUGACAGGAACUACUGGUACUUUACCCCAGCUAACCUGGAGAAGCUCCGCAACAUCAUGUGCAGUUACAUCUGGCAGCAUCUGGAGAUCGGAUAUGUGCAGGGUAUGUGUGACCUGCUGGCCCCUCUGCUGGUCAUCCUGGAUGACGAGGCUCUGGCGUUCAGUUGUUUCACUGAGCUGAUGAAGAGGAUGAACCAAAACUUUCCACAUGGAGGAGCGAUGGACACUCACUUCGCCAACAUGAGAUCCCUCAUCCAGAUCCUGGACUCAGAACUCUUUGAGCUGAUGCAUCAGAACGGCGACUACACUCACUUCUACUUCUGCUAUCGCUGGUUUCUCCUAGACUUCAAACGAGAGCUGGUGUACGAUGACGUGUUUGCGGUGUGGGAGACCAUCUGGGCGGCUAAAUAUGCCUCCUCUGGCCAUUUUGUCCUCUUCAUCGCUCUGGCCCUCGUUGAGCUCUACAGAGACAUCAUCCUGGAGAACAAUAUGGACUUCACCGACAUCAUCAAGUUUUUCAAUGAAAUGGCCGAACACCACAACGUGAAGCAGGUCCUGGCUCUGGCCCGAGACCUGGUCAGCAAAGUACAGACGCUCAUAGAGAACAAGUAACGCAGAGUCCACCACCUCCUCGCCCUUCGUCACCAGGCCAAAACACUCCAUCAGACCAACAGGAUCCAGCUGAACGGCUUAGCGCAUAAAAUCGACCUCCAGCUAACCUACCUGAAACCAGCCAGUGUGUCAUUCUACUCGUUCACCUGUCGAGUCAGGUUCAACUUAUACACAGAACUCUUGGUACUGAGCAUAUGCUGCUACUCUGCUCCUGAGGUGUUUACAUUUAGACGUACGGCUCUAGUUCCAGAGUUAGCGACGGCUCGCACAAGCUGUUGCUGGAAAUUUCAAGCAAGGUGCAUUUUAAAGUUUAACCAGACUGCAACACUUCCGUUAGAAGCCUGAUUUAGGUUUAACGUACCACACAUUUCGAGUUAAACCCGAACAGUAACGAAGCCCUCGGCUACAUUAAAAACGAGGCGCUUUAGCCUGUUUAGCUCAGACGCUUCCCUUCCACAGCUGUGCUUCUGUUACCAUGUGUUUGUCUUUGACCUCUCAUAGUUGUUUUAGCCUAAAAGUCACACUAGAUGUUUGCGGUUCACAUCUCGUCCGGUGGUGAAAGGAAUUCCCUGUUUUUUUGGUGCAGUUAGCAUUUUAGCUGUGAUUUAGCAUCCCAGCUGUGGCUAGCGCUAUUGGGAUGGCAAUCGGGAACACAAAAUCAAGCUAUCAUACCUCACUAAUGCCUGGCUUAUCCAUCUUCUGACUAAUUUCUAACCAUGCCAGCUCACUUUUAUGCUAAUUCAUAGUCGCUUCAGGAAAAUUUCUCUAAAAUCUUGUGCUUAGUCACUGCUAAAAUUAGCACUUCCUCUAUUUCAGUGCUGCUGUAUGAAGCCACACCACUUCAGAGAUCAAUGCAGCCAAAGCAGUUGUACUGUAUUAGUUGUUUUCCACAUGUCGUCGUUCACCACAGCUGAACUGCAAGUCACGUUUCUUCGUUCUUUUAGUCUGUGAUUCGAAAAUUUUAAUUACCAUGAAGUUGAAAUGAGUGUAAACAUUAGUGUAACUGGGCCUUAAAGGGGGAAUUCCACCAAUUUUUUAGAUGUCCUGCCUUAUUAUUGGCUAACAUGUAAACAACGUCAUUACAAGUGGUUUGGUGUGAAACGCUCUGUUCUAGAGGAGCUUACACAGUCAGAAUUGUUCACAGUGGUGGCGAUAGGAACCAGACGUCUGAAGGUUUUGAUGCGUCUGAAAAACACUACAAACUACAGAUCCAUCCAUACAAUGGUUAGAAAACACUGCCUGAUGCCCAGUUCAUUGUUUUAUGAUAGUUUUGAGAAGAUUUUGGUCUGAAACGCAUAUAUUUUUAAACCCAGUAAUGGUGAAGUGGGACAUUAAGGCAAAAUUUUACCCAAAGAAAAUUGAUUUUCAGAUCAACAUUCCAUACAAAAUGUAGAAAACAUAUAGAUGUCUUGGUGGUUUUGAAUAGUAAAUAAUAUGGCUAUAUUUGUGCUUACAUGCAUUUAAUAAUCUGAUACCUGCAGAAAAUCAGAUUUUGUCAGUAAUCCGAUCAGCGUGUUUACGUGCACUUGAGUAGUCAGAUAAUGGGGAAACUCCAGGUCUACACGAAUCAAACAAUGAUCAGAUUUUUGCUUCACAACCAGCCAAUAAACUCACAGAAGAAGAUGCGACAUCACUGUAACUGAGUUCUAUACUCAGGCUAUGUUUUUUAUUUAAAACAUUGCGCCACUUUACCUGAAAAUAUGAACAUACAUCAUCUAAAAGUUGAAGACUAUUUAAAUCCUUCAUUUCUUUGAGAAUGUAGUUGGUUUCAGCGUCGCUCCAAAAGUGUUUUGCUACCGUCUCACGGCAACACUGAUUGCUUGCUUGCAGGACAGCCAAAAGAAAUCAGAGUAAGAGUUCACAUGCUCUGAGAAAUCUGAUUACCAGCCUCUUUAUCAGAUUUCUUCAUUGUAUUUCUAGAUCGGAAUAUGGUGUUUACAUGACAAUUUGAAUAAUCGGAUAACUGCAGAAAUCCGAUUAUUAUUAUUAUUAUUAUUAUUAUUAUUAUUAUUAUUAUUGAGUGCAUCUAAAGGGACUGCUUGUGACGCCUAGUUUCUGUCACCACAAUUGUACAGAAAUUAGUAUGUUACACAUCAAUCCACUCUGAACAGUCACUGGAAUUCCCCUUGAAGUCUGACGUUAUUUGUACAGGAACAUUUUUGUCGCUUUAUGGUAUCUUAAUUAGAGUUAGCUACUAAGGAAGCAAAGUCAAAACGUCUUCAUGAAAUAAUACGUUUUAGCUUCAAAGUUUUCUCAAGCCUCUUUUGGAUCUCCAUCCAAAUCCAUGUAGUCACUAAACCAGUGCAGUUUCUUCGGUGCAUAGUCAUGGUCCACACUGGUGAAGAUUAACUGGUAUUACCUUUUCAUUCCAUGACGUAUGCCUGUGUAUGAGUGUGUGUGUUGGUGGACCAGCCAAGAUCUUUUCUGAAUCAUGUUAAGAAUUCCACCACGACAGUUAUUCAGUCUGUUUGCCAAUGUUUAGUACCUUCCACUGCUGGGCCUUGGCUGCCUACUUGUGUUUUGACUUUACUGUGACUAACAAAUGGGAAAAAAAAAAGCUUAUUUACGUAUAAUGGAAAUAUAUAGUAUAUUUAUUAUACAUAGAGAUAGAUCUAUAAUGAAUCGUGACGUUAGCGGUCACAUGGUUUUCUGAAUGGAAACUGAUAUUAAAGCAGAGAAACUAUAUUUAACAGUGCUCUUAUUUAUUUUUGCAUUAUCGGGUAAUUUACUGUCUACAGUGUGGCCUUACCUGUAUUGCUUGGUCGGUUUAUGGUGGCCUGUAUUGUCCUCCGGUGCUUUCCGAGUCUCUUUCAGCUUUUGGGUCCAAUGAAAGAACUUUUCUGAACACAGGGUCUUAAAGUUUUCCCAAAUUUAAUGCCUUUGGAAUUGGGUCAAGAAUUUGAUCAAGUUGACCAAAGUGCAUGUAGGUUCAACCCAAGACCACCAGUUCAUAACACAGUCAGCUCAGUUCUUGCUUGGGUUUCUUGGGUUUUUGUUACCUUUGGAUUGGACCAAACCCUUAAAAAAGCCAUGAAUAGCCAAGCUGCAGCUUUUAAUGCAUGAAGCGUCGGCUUGGAUCUUCUGUCAAAUUGUCUGUUGUUGCUAAACUGAUUUGAAUCCGAAGCCCAGAAAUCUGACCAACUUGAAACACUGACCCUGGAGAUGUGUUCCAGUAUGUCCAGUUGACAAUCCAACCAUGCAUUUGGCUGAAGAUUCUUGAAUCAGCGUCGCAAACCUCAGUAAUUACUGUAAUCCAUUAUCUAUGCUGCGCUUUAAAAAUGGUCUCGAGUCGUCUUGCAUUGAAUAUUGCUGGUUUCUUAUGUGAAAGCAGAGCUCUGUGUUAUCAAGGAAUGAAUCGUUUGAAAAUCUUGCUUUAUCUGUUUGUUUAUUUAUUUAUUUACACCUGAAUGUAUUCGUUUUGUCUCCGCUUUUGUAUGUAAAGCUAACACUUGUUACAUUGUGGUUGAUGAUUAUUAAAUGGUACACGUGCUUAUAAAAACGA